AUGUCAUGUGUCAUAGUCAUAGUCAUAGCAUCGGAUAUAUUAACGCAAAAAGUCCAGUUAGUAGCCCAGCCCAGCCCAGCCCAGCCCAGCCUAUUAGUGAAUACUAUCAUCGGAAUGAAAAUGGGAGCUUUUUGGGGGACGCGAGUUAUGGAAAUAGUGAAGAAGCACGAUUCAGGAGGCCUCGUCUGGAAGAGAAUUAAGCUCACUACUACCCGUAAAGCCAACGCCAAGAAGCGUAUUCUUCGAGUUUGGCAGAAUGAGGCAGUCUUGAGGGAAUGCUCACAGCCACCACCUUCAAAAACGUCACAGAUGAAUGCUGAAGGGUCAGGGGUGCAAGAAGACACCAUUAACCAAGACUAGACAACAAUUAGUAAGAACACAUAACAAGCCUGAAGGGGUGUUAAUUUUGCCUCCGCUUAGCCUUAUUUUUAUCUAUUAAAUGUGUGUGCGUUUCUUUAGCAUGGACUCUAGAAAUCCAUAAGUUUUGUUAAAACUGAAAAAGUAUAUGAUUACCCUUUCCUUUCUUGAUGACAUCCUUCAUCUGUCUUUCUUGUGGGAUUUUUUUAUGACAUGAAUAGAGUAUGAAAUUGGUGUUAUCA